AUGGUGCGGCCGCCGCCCAGCCGCGCUGCGAGCGCGGUGUUCUCCGUGCUGCUGCUGCUGCUGCACGUUGCGUACGGGAUAUACAGUGCAAUCGUCGAUGCGAUACAGGCGCUGCCGUUUGUGCUCGCCGCCGCAGACGACACGCCGCUGCCGAGCGACAUCCAGGGCGUGCGUGUGCCGCAGCACCUCGCGGUCGUCUUUCCCCUUGCACCGUCCAAGGCGAGUGCGUACAUUGCGCUUGCGCGACAUCGGACGGAGCAGCAGAGAAUCCGUGUGCAGGACGCGCUGCACGAUGUCUUUCGCCUGGCCGCCUGGUGCGCCGUGCUGGGCACAGCCGAGCUCUCGGUCUAUGACCGCGACGCGCUGCUCUGGAGCGCGCUCGCAAAAAGCCGCACGGCGCUCGAUGGGCUGCCGGAUGAUGUUGGGAAUGUAGCGACCGAGGCGUGCAUCCACGUCGACGUGCACCUCGGCCAGGGGGGGGCCGUGCCGCCCUUUUCUCUGUACAUUGCCGUGUCCGACGAGGCGUGUGCCGCGUACCGCCAGCAGGGCCUGACGCUUCCCCUGCGCGUGCGCCUAAAUGUGCUGAGCGCGCGCGAUGACAAGCCGCCGCUGGUGCUGGCCGCCAACCAACUCACAAAAGACGCAGACGUCGCUACGCUGCGUGCUGCGGUGAUGCAGCACAGCGUGCUGACGAGCGACCCCGACCUGGUGGUGAUCUGCGGCCGUGGCGCGCGUCCCAUCCAGCUGUACGGCUUCCCGUGCUGGGCGAUCCGCAUCGCGGACCUUCGCACGCUGCCUUCCUGGACAUGGCUCGGCCGCUGGACCGCCGCCCAGUUCCUUGAUACCCUUCGGCGCUAUGCACUCUCCGAGCAGCGAUACGGUGCAUGA